AUGGCCCUGCGAGCUCGCUGCUACCCGAAAGACGAGCCACCCUCACCGCGAUACCAAAUCCUCCACGCAACCCAGCGCAACGUAUUCGGGUUCCAGCGAAUCGUCUACCUCGCCGGAAGCAUGCCGGUCACCGGCACUGCCGACUGGCGCGAGGCCCUCGUCGGCUCGCUCGCACACGUCCCUGUGACCUGGGUCGACCCGACAAGACCUGAGUGGGACGAGAGUUGGCGCGAGGACGAUGACCAUGGGCCGUUUCGCGAGCACGUGAAAUGGGAGAUAGAGAUGAAGGAUCGCGCGGAUCUCGUCAUCGUGCACUUUGGCGCCUCUUCUAGACCGAGCGAUGGCCUGCUGGAGCUGGGAAUACUCGCCGGCUCCCGAAGGAGGUGCAAGGUCGUCUGCGAGAGCGGGUACCAGAAGCGGGGGGAUGUUGUCAUGCUCUGCCAGCGGUAUCAGAUUGAUGUUUUUAACACCGUCGAUGCGCUCGCGAGGAAGUUGAUCGAGAGCGACUUGAAAGGGAUUCAAUGA